AUCGCUAAAGGAAGAUGCAAUUAAAAGGCGACAGGUUGUGACCAUAUCACCAUCAGACGGGAUGGAUUCACCACCUAGACAAGACUCUCCAGUACACUUUUCAAAAUAUUUUACGGAUGAAAACUUACAAAUGAUGACCGAAAUUAUUGAAAACAGUGACGAAGAAAAAAGUGCUCAUGAUAAUGAUGAUGACGACCCAGUGCUUUCACCACCUGAAGUAAACUCUUACGACCCCAUAUUAGCACCAGCACCAAUAAUGCUCCAAUCACCUAAUAUAAUGAGCAAUAUCAGUUCAGGUAUUGAAAAUGAUGUUUCUAUUGAGUCACCAAAUUUCUCGUCAAUUAUAGCUAAAGAAAUUGCCCAGUUGGAGUCUGGUAUAUCACCAGUUCCUACCACACCUCUUUCUUUGCCAGUAAAUUCACCCAUGCCAAUAGAGACCCAGUUAUCAUCACCAAGGCACAGACAGUAUGCAAGAAAACAAGAUAAAGGUCGAUUACGAUUAGUCCAUAAAGAUCAAUGGUUGGAUGUUAUGCGGAAGAAAAAUAAAAAUUUAGGAAAUGCUUACAAAAGUAGGGAUGGGAAGUCAAGAAAUAAGAGAGAGAUGGGGCCGAGUUGUGGAGAGAAAUGUAAGUUAAAAUGUUCACAAAAAAUUACGGAUAUUGAUAGAAACUUGCUUUUUGUAGCGUUUUGGUCUAUGGGAGAUAUAGUUCGCCAUUGGGAUUACAUCAAUAAGUACUGUGAAAAAAUUAAUAAACGUCGUGUUACUACUGAAACUGCAUCCAGAAGAGAAUUUACUCUGCGAUAUUAUUUACCUACAAAAACACAUAUGACCGAUUCAUUGGCUCCAAACAUACAGACUUUGAAAAUACAAGUUUGCAAAACCAUGUUUUUAAACACCUUUGGGAUCAAACAAGGUCUGGUAUACUCAGCAUUAAAGAAGCUUUCAUUGGAAGGUACUGUUGCCCAUGACAAAAGAGGCAUCCAUUUACACACCAAGAAAAUCACUGAAGAAAUUAUUGCAAGUGUUUGUGAUCAUGUGAACAGUUUUGCACCUGUGGAAUCACACUAUGUUCGUAAACGGAGUGACAAAGUUUACCUAGAUGGAUCUCUGACAUUUGCUAAGAUGUUUUUGUUGUAUAAGGAUUGGAAUGAUCCCAAAAACCAAAAUAAAGCACAAACAGCAAGGCAAUAUCGUGAUAUUAUCAAUAGCCAUAUUAAUUUGGGAUUCCAUAUUCCCAAAAAAGAUCAAUGCGAUGUUUGUCACGUAUACAAAAACUUACUACGUCCUGUAAGUGAAGAGCAGUUUCAAAUAUAUAAGACACACAUGAGGAACAAAACUAUUGCACGAGAGUUUAAAAUCAAAGAUAAAGAAUGUUCUUUAAAAUCUAAUGACGUCCUAACGGCGGUGUAUGAUUUUCAAAAAGUACAUGGAAUGCCCUAUGGUGAAACAAGUAUCCUUUAUUACAAGCGAAAAUUAACUGUAUUUAAUUUCACAGUAUACGAAAUGGGGAGUAGGGUUGCUAAAUGCUAUGUUUGGGACGAAAGCACGGCAAAUCGAGGAGCUAACGAGGUGAGCAGCUGUUUGUAUAAUUAUAUUAAGGAACAUCAUCAGAAGGGCAUAAAAAUAUUCAACUUUUGGUCUGACAAUUGCGGAGGACAAAACCGCAAUCGAAUCGUUUUUGCUGCUUAUUUGCGAGCUGCUAAGGUCUUUCAGGUCACUAUCACUCACAAAUAUUUUGAGAAAGGUCACACUCAAAAUGAGGGUGACAGUGUACAUGCCCUUAUUGAAAGAACUGCCAAGAAUAAAAUGGUAUACACCCCCGAUCAAUGGUAUGCCCUCAUAAGAUGGGCUAAACAAGAUGGACGCCCUUACUUAGUACAGGAAAUGACUACAUCAGAUUUUAUUGAUUUUAAAGCACUGCUUCCAGGAUGCAACUGGACUGUCAACACAAAUCGAGAACGAGUUUUCUGGUCUCAAUUAAGACAGUUGGAAAUACGGCCAGAAUCUACUGAUAGAAUACAUUAUAAAAUAGAUUUCUGUGAACAUGAGUUCAAGUGCAUUAUUGUAAAUAAUGUACUUGAGACUCCCAAAACCAGAUCGAGGAACCGCUUAAGGGAAGACACCAGUCAAAUUUCAGACCCACUAUUACGACCGUUGACUCAAGCAUACAAGGGAAAAUUGCCAAUACCCAAAGCUAAACUUCAGGAUUUAAAAUAUUUAUGUCAAAAUAAUAUAAUACCUUCUAUUUAUCAUGACUUUUACAUGAGUUUGAUAGAGGAUGAUAAUGAUAACGAACAUGACAAAGAUGAAGAAGAUGAAGAAGAAGAAUGA